GUGCGGCGAGAGCAGGGAGGAGAGACAGAGAGAGAGAGAGAUAGGGGAAGAACUGCAAAUUUGGUGCCCAGGCUUCCCAGUGCGCACACAUCUCCCGUCGGCUGCACAGUCCGACCUGCCCUCCGCUCCGCAGGAUGAGUUCGUUCAGUACGAGGGCCCUCACGCUGCUCUCGUCGAUUUUCGGGGCCUGUGGUUUGCUCUUGGUGGGCGUCGCCGUGUCAACAGACUACUGGCUGCUAAUGGAGGAGGGAAUUGUCCUGCAGCAGAACCAGACCACAGAGGUCAAGAUGGCGCUUCACUCCGGCCUCUGGAGGGUCUGCUUCGUGGCAGGACCAGAGAAGGGCAGAUGUGUGGCGUCGGAGUAUUUCACCGAGCCGGAGAUAGAGAUCACGACAGAAAAUACAGCCAACAUACUCAAAAUGGUCCGAACCGCCACUCCUUUCCCCAUGGUCUCCCUGCUCUUCGUCUUUACUGCCUUUGUCAUCAGCAACAUAGGACACAUCCGGCCUCAGCGCACCAUCCUCGCCUUUGUUUCUGGAAUAUUCUUCAUACUGUCAGGUCUCAGUCUGGUGGUCGGUCUGGUCCUGUAUAUUUCCAGUAUCAAUGACGAGGUGAUGAACCGACCCCGAGAGCCAGAACAGUUCUUCCACUACCGCUACGGCUGGUCCUUCGCCUUCGCUGCAUCCUCCUUCCUCCUCAAAGAGGGUGCAGGAGUGAUGUCCGUCUACCUCUUCAUGAAGCGUUAUGCUGAGGAGGAGCUGUACAGGCCUCAUCCCGCUCUUUACCGCCCUCGCAUGUCCGAAUGUAGCGACUACAGCGGCCAGUUCCUCCACCCAGACUCCUGGCCUCCACCUCAGCGCGGUCGUAGCGCCUCUGACGUCUCUUCUGACAUCUCCAUCCAGCUUAACCAGACCCCACCAUCGCAGGCACAACCCAAGGGGGGGAGCAGCUCCCAGCCUACACCCUCCUCCUCUGGGCCUUCAUCAGCGGCCAGCUACCAGCUCCAGCCGGCCUCCUCUUCGUCCACCUCCUCCUCUUACCCACACCCCCUCCACAUGGCCGCCACUUCCACCCUACCCAGAGCGUCCCAUGCUCACGGCCACUCUCAGCCCCAUCCCCAUCCUAGUGGGCCCCCACCCCAGUCCAUGCCAAUGGGGGCACCACCCUCUGCCGUGCCUCCUCCCCGUUAUCACACGCACAUGCGGAUGAGCGCCUCGCCAUGCUAGGCUACGUACACAGAGAAGGGGAGGGAAAACACAACUGGGGGGAUUAGAUUGGCUCUGUUUCGGCUCUUACACACCACAAGACAAACACACAAACACACAAACACAAACCCUGCAUCCUCGCAGUGUGUGGGAGGAGGGAUGCAGCAGAGUGGAUGAAGGAGGGAGGUUUAAGGAGAUCAAAAAAGAGGAGAGAGGAGGAAAGAAAAGAGGGGAGGAGGGGAGGAGAAGCAGGUGGGCGGAGGGAUGACUCACUGCUGAUGCCGAGCCCGAGACGAAGACAGACACUUAACAAAACUUUUAACACGCUGGGAGGGAACAUGGGAGGGGAGGAGUGAGGGAUACGAUGAUUAGCAGCAACAAGACGUCUGUGGGGUUUCUGACGGGUACAUUCAUCAUCAUGGCCGUGAUACACAGGCAACAGGGCGAGGAAGCACAGGAAACAGGAAGCUGAAUCAUAACCAAAACUCUGUCCAUUCACAAAAAAUACAAAGGAGUUAAACAGUGUAUUGAGCUAUAAAUGUUUUAUCAUGUAGCUUUUGAAGAGACUUAGAUUUUUUAAUAAUGUAUCUGACAUCUUUUGUAAUUUCAUGGACAUGGUUGGGAAGGUUACUUCAUUGCAUCUUGACUACUUUAAAUCAUUUUCAAAAUUAAUCUUAAAACAAUAAGA